AUGGGCUCUCCUGGCGAUAAGUUCCAUCCCAGUACAUUUGAUGUGAGUAUGCUUUGGCACGCGCGCUUGGCAGCAUACAGAACAUUAACUCUCAUCAGAUAUAACUCGGCAGUUUUCAAGUCACUGUCCUCCCACAACUACACGGUGGCCGUUGUCAAAGACUCUUUCUUGAACAACAGCUCUUGGAGUCUCUCAACGGCCGAGGCCAACCGUGCUGGAGACUGGGGAUGGGACGACACCCGAGUCAACCCUCAGAACCUGGACUACGAGGAGAUUAUUCGCGGCAUGCAACAAGACGCCCAGACAUACAAGGAAAUGAACAUUUCCGCGUGCUUUGCCCUAUACGACGACUACUGGCAACCGCAAGGUAAUGCACUAGUGUUUGUCAAGAACGAGACUUUGCAGAGCCCGCCAGAGGACAGCCUCCUGAUGUACGUCUCAGUCGUGCCUCGAUCCGAUAAUUGGGGCAAGAACAUGUGGGCUCUGGGCAACGGAACCGGCAGGUUUGUGGCCCAAAGCCCUCCAGGAGAUGUGACGAAGUGGUUCCUGGGACCCAAGUAUUACGAAGUCGAUCGAUGUCUCGUUCAACCACCGGAAAGCCUGCGGACCAGGUGUCGUUUUGAAUACUCGCCACCCAUCAUGUUCACCAUCUGCAUCAUGAACUUCUUGAAAGCGUCCAUCAUGCUGUGCAUUUGGGUCAUGAGGAAGUGGCAGAACCGGCAGCAACGGGAUCAAGCUAAGCAGGUCAUGCAUACACUUGGUGAUGCCAUCGCAUCUUUCAUGAGGGAGCCAUGUGAGCACACCGAGGACCUAGGUCUCGGGACGAAGUACGACUUUUUGACUACAAGAGAGUGGAAAAACCGGUUGGUCAGAUGUCCUCCCACCGUCUUGGCCGAGGAAACACACGAAGCCAGAACGUUCCAGGUUGAAGUGAAAUAUUGGAGGUCUGCUGCAAGUCUCAAGCGCUGGGUCAUACUGUUGGCUACGUGCCUGCUGGUGCUCCUGGUUGCGGCAAUUCUUCUAGUCACCUCCUUUACCAGCCUUCGACACAGACGUUUUGGGGUUGGCAUACCUGAGCUGUGGAAGCUUGGCUUUGGGGCGCUGACCCCCUUCACGUAUCUCGUCAUCAACCUCCCGCGGCGCGACCCUGGAGGCUUGAUCUCGAAUGUUCUUCUGGCGAACCUACCUCAACUCGUGCUGUCGAUCCUGUACAUCUUGUACAACACCAUGCUCAGCACGUUUCUCGUUCAGAGAGAGUUCAGUCGGAUGCACAACCCCGAGUACAGAAAAGCACUCCGCGUCUCCGAGCCGGUUGGCAUCCAACGUUCGAGUUACUUCAUUUCUCUCCCCCUGCGAUACGGCAUACCACUCUACGCAAGCUCUGGAAUCAUGCACUGGUUGAUUUCGCAAAGCUUGUUCCUGGCAAGAAUUCGCGCAGUCUCGGCCGAGGGGGGUGACGACGAGGCAAACUCAUUUUCGACUUGUGGCUACAGUCCGAUUGCGACAUUUAUCAGUACGUCUCUUGUCGUUUCUUCAGGAAGUUUUUGGGGGUUAGAAGACGAGCGUCUAACGGAACCGCUAGCCAUAUUGGCAGGACUUGCCAUGGUUGGCUUGAUUGUUGCCAUUGGCUUCCGUCGCUAUGAUGGGACAAUGAGAAUGGUAUCAACAAACAGUCUCGCAAUUAGCGCAUCAUGCCAUGUUCUCGAAGAGGAUAGAGCCAGCGGGUAUUUACUCCCAUUGCAAUGGGGAGUGGUUCAGAUGUCGGCUGAAGAGGGCAAAUGCACGUUCACAACAGCCGCGACAGACACCGAUCAUUAUGUGAACGUCACUAUGUAG